AUGCCAAACCAGAACAAGCCACUGCCACCAUUGGAUGAGAUUGCCCCUCACAUACUGCGAUUCUGGAAGGCCCGCCUCACUGACAAGGCGAUUGUAAAGGAACUACAGAAGGUCAUUGAUACUGACCGCUAUGGAAUUGGAAUUACCAAGUUAAAGGAGAUUCGAUCUGAUAUGGGGCUUAAACGUGCAUGGCAGCAAGGUCAUUCAGUUGAAACCAUUCACGAUGUCAUGGUUGAUCUUCGACGAAUAUACCCAAAUGCGGGAUCACGAGAAAUGAUCAGCUUGUUGUUUCACGAGAGGGAUAUGGCUGUUCCGAGAAGGAUCAUGAAGUCGUACUUUGCCACCUAUGAACCUGACCUGGUUCGCCAGCGCAAAGCAAGACGCCUUCGCCGAAAGCGAUUCUGGGCUGCCGGUGUCAACGAUCUAUUUGCUGUUGAUCAGCAUGACAAGUGGCUCCGGUUCGGUCUCGCUCUGCAUACUGGAAUCGAGCCCUUUUCUGGGCGUAUUAUGUGGAUGUGUGUAUGGCACUCUAACAGGAACCCUCAGCUUAUCUUGUCUUAUUACCUUGACACCCUCACAGAGCUCGGACAUAUGCCUUUGGUUACUCAGAGUGAUCUUGGCACUGAGAACUUUGGGAUUGCCAAUGCACACACCUUGCUGCGUCAGUGGCAUGAUCCCGCAUUGCAGGGGACACUCCAACACCGUUGGAUGCGGACAAAGAAGAAUGUAAUGCCGGAGAUAACGUGGUCUCAGCUUCGGCGCCGCUUCACACCUGGUUUCGAGAAUCUUUUGGAUACUGGAUAUGGUUUUCGCUGGGUUUUUAUACCCUGGUUGCAGACGGAGUUGGAUGCAUAUAAGGAUUGUGUCAACAACACUGCAAAAAGGCGUGAUCGUAAUAAGGUGUUACCACAUGGGAUUCCGGACAUAAUAUAUAAUUCGCCUGAAGACUUCGGAGCACUUGAUUUCAAGAUUGGCAUCGCACCAGGUGCCAUUGAACAUAUUCGUCGUGUCAUGAUCAAUUCUUCUCAUACAGUAUUUGACCUCGUACCACCCACUCUUGGUCAUCACCUUGCUUCUUGCUACACCCACUUGGGGUGUCCCGUCAUCACUCGUGACUCCGUGUGGGCAGUAUAUUUGAAUAUGCUCAAUGCUAUCCAGCUCAGUGACGAUUUACCAACUGAAAUCAUGUCUGCCACAGAAUCUGUCACAGAUGAUGACGAACUGCCUUUGCUCGAUAAUCAUGAAGACUUGCCAUUCCAGGACGACGACAGUGGUUUCUAUUACAUGGGAGGGGUCCGUGGGGGGCGUGGUUUAGAUGUUUCUCAUCACGCGCAGCUGGACACUUUACUAGCGGAUGACAAACCUGAUGUCCGACAUGCUGCCAGUGACGCAGUUUCUGAUGACGAUUUUAACGGUGUAAUUGUUUGGGAGUUCACAGAUGACGAAGUGGAUAAUGAUGGAGACGAGUGGUGA